AGCAGCAGCUUCGGCUCGGCGCGGUUUCCUUCAGCGGCAGCUUCGGCCGGGCUCCUUUUGGCGGCAGCUUCGGCGGGGUUCCUUUGGCAGCGAUCGCGGCAGCAGCAGCUUCGGCAAGGCGCGGCUUCCUUCAGCGGCAAUUUCGGCAGCAGCAGCUUCGGCGGCGGCUUCUCUGCCGGCGCACGUGGGCCUCCGGAGGCUUCCUGUGGCCAGGGUGGCUGGGCGGCAGCGAGCCCCCCCCCCAACCUCAUUGAGAGACAGGGAGGCAGUGGCGGCGGGCAACAAGGCCUAGGCGGCGAGGAUCCUGGGGCAGUCACGACGAGGCGGCAGCGCAGGAUCGGAUCCAGCACGGCGAGGACCACAGGCUAGGCGGCCUUUGGCCGGCAACUUUUAAAUUUAAUUGUUAAUUUUAAUUAGCGCGGGGGUAGGUGGGGCACGACCCAACCAUCAAUCCUUGCCACGUGCAGGGCAAUUAGGCUACCCUCCAGGAUAAUUGGGUGCCGGGUGGGGGUAUUGAUUAAGCAGGCGGGCUCCUUCACAACGCUUUGUAAUCACGUCGUUUUGCAAGCGGGGCCCCCUAUCUCCCUCUAGUAUGCCUAAGAAAGGACAAGGGGGGCCAAAAGGGAAGGGAAAGGCCCCCAGAGCAGGGGGGAGAUGCCCACCCCCAGCGGCGGAGGGGGCAAGGAGUGGGGAGGGGCCACCAUGGGCGGCCAUAUUAGCCAGGUUGGAAGCCCUAGAACAUGGCUCAAGCCACCCUAAUGCACCCCGGGACCAACCUGUGACAGGGAAGAAGAAAGACCCACCACCCAAACGGUCUCGGGGGAAAACACAGCGGCCAGUGAACAGUGCUGAUGCAGGGGCUGUUGCUUCCAUCUUAGCGCGACUGGAUGUGCUGGAGGCCGGGCUCAGGGCUGAGGCGAGGACGCCCAGCAUAGAGCCAGGCGCAACUCCCACCCUGCAAGCAGCCCCAACAAUGCAGCCCGCACAAGGACCUUCGGCGGAAAGCACACAGGAUCGCUGGACAAGAUCGGAGCAGCCACGCAUCCUCCUAUGUGGCCACAGUAUGAUGUUCUGGGCAGGCCGCAGGGCGGCGAAGUCUCGCUUCGGCACGCAGCUGGGGCUCAGUCAAUGGGCCGCAGUGCGGUGGCUGGGACGUCGGGGGAUGCGUUGGGAUGGGCUCCUGCCAGCCUUGUUUCAACCGGCUGUGGAAGUGGCAGCGCCCCAGGUGCUGGUGAUCCACCUCGGGGGCAACGACUUGGGUCUGUUAAAGGGCAAGGCCCUAAUUGAACAGGCAUGCGGUGACCUCCGGGCCAUUGCACGUCGCUGGCCGGGGGUGCACUUAGUGUGGUCAGACAUCCUGCCGCGCAGGAGGUGGAAUUGUGCCGGUGACCCACGAGGGAUGGACAGGGCACGGAAAAAGGUGAACAGGCAAAUUCAGAGGGCCCUUAGGGACUUAGGAGGUUCUGUCAUCCACCACCCAGAGGUGGGCCACAACAAGCUUGAGCUGUUUCGGCCUGACGGCGUCCAUUUGACGGACAAGGGCAACGACAUCUUUCUAAGGGACCUGCAGAAGGGUUUACACCAGAUUCUUAUCGGGUGUGGGGUAAAGGGGGACUAAGCAGAGGCUUGUCCCCCUUCUGUGGCGAAGAAGUGCGGGGAAAGGUUAAAGGGAAAGGGCAGCUAGGUGACACCUUUAGGCACCUUUGGGGGUGACAGGCGGUCCGGAGGCCUGCAGCUCAGGGCUACACGGCCCGGGGACAGGGUACGGGCCGCCUUUGGGGCCAACGUGCCUCAUCCGCUCAGAGUUUCAGGGCUCCGAGGGGCGGUGAUGCGGGUUGGACCCCCUACACAUCUUCAGGGUGUGGCUGGAGCUGGGGGGCUGGCACAGGGCAGCCCCAGGCUCAGGCAGGGCAUGAUCGCCCGAUAGCUGCUAACAGGCUUUGCCUGGAUCUCCAGAACGCCCCGCCCUUAAUCUCCCUUCUGCAGGUUCAUUAUUCAAUUGAUUCUGUUUAAAUAAAGUGGCCCAUCAUUUACCCAAGCAAUGGUGUCUGUGUUUUAUUUCGGCAAUAGGCCGCAAUCCCGUUCCGUGCCUGGGACCUACCGGGCAGAGGGACGAGCUUGCGGCCGCUGUCGAUGUCCCGGCCGCCAUCUUGGAUGGGAUGCGUGCACACACGGCGCGCUGGCGCGCCGUCGUGUGACGCGGCAGGGAGGCGGGGCGGCUGAAGGCUAUUUAAGGCCGCCCCGCCUGCUUCCCGCCAUCCAGUUCAAAUUUCGGCGGCACCCGCCCGACCCUCCCUCUGCUGCAGUGUGAUCCAUUUGGUCGCUACGGGGCCGACUAGGAAUUUUUGGCCUGCCUGCCUCGCUUUGCUGGCAGGUUUCUUUUGCCUACUCCACACUGUGGUUGGGGGGAGGGGUCAAGGGUUAGCACGGGUGCCCCUGGGGUCAAUAGGCUGAUUGGGCUGUUUAGUUUGUAUUGUUAACGGUCACUUUGGGAUGCAAGCGAAGAAGUGCGGGGAAAGGUUAAAGGGAAAGGGCAGCUAGGUGACACCUUUAGGCACCUUUGGGGGUGACAGGCGGUCCGGAGGCCUGCAGCUCAGGGCUACACGGCCCGGGGACAGGGUACGGGCCGCCUUUGGGGCCAACGUGCCUCAUCCGCUCAGAGUUUCAGGGCUCCGAGGGGCGGUGAUGCGGGUUGGACCCCCUACACAUCUUCAGGGUGUGGCUGGAGCUGGGGGGCUGGCACAGGGCAGCCCCAGGCUCAGGCAGGGCAUGAUCGCCCGAUAGCUGCUAACAGGCUUUGCCUGGAUCUCCAGAACGCCCCGCCCUUAAUCUCCCUUCUGCAGGUUCAUUAUUCAAUUGAUUCUGUUUAAAUAAAGUGGCCCAUCAUUUA